AUGGCGACCACAAAUGUCACGGCGAGUGACCAUACACUCGAUAACCCAGGUUCUAAUGGCAGCUCCAAAGUCAACGACGUUCCUCAGUCGAAUGGCAACCAUUCCAUGACUCUUCCCGUAGUCAUAGCAGGCGGCGGAUGCGUAGGCCUCUUCCUCGCCCUUCUCCUCGCCCAGUCAAACAUACCCAACAAAAUCAUCGUCAUCGAGCCCCAGCAACCCGACCCAACAUCAACACGAGCAAUGGCCCACCAACCACCCACCUACCCCAUCUUUGCCAAAGUCAACGGCCUACUACCCGAACUUGUAAAAGCCGGAAGCCUAAGUUCAGGACUCUGCUUUCGAACCAGCCUCGAAAACGGCAGUAAAGUAAUCGCGAGCAAGACGUUUGACAACUCGGGAGAAGGAAUGAAAGGCAAAGGUCAACUACUCCUACCACAGGGAAAGUUUCAGGAGGUUUUGAUGAAGAGAUUGGCCUCCUUUGGAGAUAAAGUGGAAAUACGACUCGGAUCCAGCGUUACAUCAUCCACCCCAUCAGAAAACAGCGUGCACGUCCACAUCACGCCCAACGAAGAAUCAAUAGAAGCGACCUACCUAAUCGACGCGUCCGGCGCCCACUCCACCAUCCGGAAAUACCUCGCCAUCUCCCUUGACGGUGAAACCCUCGACGCCCAGCUCGUAGCCACAGACCUGUACUUUGACUUCCACGCCCACGGCUUCUUUGAUGCCAACUUCAUCAUAGAUCCGCAGUGUUAUGGACUCAUCGGUCGUAUUAGUCCCCAAAAAGAUGGUGAGCCGUUGCUGUGGCGCGUUUCGUACGGUGUGCCUGUCGGUAUGUCAGAGGAGGAGAUUCAAGGGGGUUUGGAUGAGAGACUGCGGGUUAUGUUGCCAAAUGAGGGUAGGGAUGAGAAGGGUGAGGUGGUAUACAAGGUGGUUAGGGUGGCGCCUUAUAAAGCUCAUCAGCGUCUGGCGUCUACACUGUACCAUGGCGCUUCUCGUACUUGCCUUAUAGGUGAUGCGGCACACUUGACGAAUCCGUAUGCGGGUCUCGGUCUUGCGUCAGGUAUGGCUGACGCGGCGUCGCUGUCUGAUGUCCUGGUUCGCAUCUUGUCAGGACAGGCGUUCAGCGACGAGAAGCUGCUGGGUGCUUGGUCAGAAGCCAGGAGGAAGAAGUUCGCGGAUGUCAUUGAUAAGCCGUCGAGGAUGGCGUACAAGCGUGUUAAGACUGAUGUUAGCACUGAAGAGAAGAUAGAGAAUAUGAUGGAGAAGGAUCCGCUUGUUGCGGCGCUGAAAAAUGGAAUGCCGGUUCAGCCGCCGAGCUUGGAGACGAAGGGCGAGGAGUUGGAGGGGUGGUGA